AUGACCAAAGCCCUUCAAGUAACUGCGGCCGGCUGGCUCAUCAUUGCCCUGGGCCACACGCGCUCGGCAAAAGACUGGCAGCCCCAUCUCAAGAACCUCCCGAACCUGGCCUACACGUGUGCCAAGGCCGGCUGGUACGAGGGCAGCGGCUUUUUCGUCCUGACCGCGCUGCUCAACUACGCGUGGGCGCAGAACCCCGAGCUCCUCCAGCAGCCCGUCUUCAAGACCAUCGCGGGCCUCUUGGUGGCCAUCACGGGCGUCGCCGGGUGGUAUUACGCGAAGAGAGGAUUGGGAUCCAUUGCGCUGCCCGUCGGCGCGAUUGGCGCGCUGCAGGCGUACUCGGCCUUUUCGAUCUAG